AUGAGUCAGACAUAUUCAAAUUCAGGUUCAGCAAGUUUAGUAACAGCAUCUUCAACACAUAUCGAGGAUCCAUCUUUAGGUGUGAAGAAAGAAUUGACAGAGAGUGGCGAAGUUAUCAUUACAGAGUUGGGUAAAUCAAUAAAAUCAUUGAUAAAACAUUCAAAUAAUAUGUUAGCAAUUUGUAAGGCUUUUGCACAACAUGAAGUUAAUGUAAUGCAAACUGAUGAUAUGAUAAAUCAAAUGAAUUCAUUAUCAAAAGAAUUAAAUCAACAAGUCAAUAUAUUAAGUAAUUCAUUGAAAUGUUUGGAUAGUAUAAAUUAUGCAGUGGUCGAUGUAAACAAAACAGCACAUUCAUUUACAACUAGUAAUAAGAAUCUAAGUUCACCUACAUCUUUGACAGACUCAAAAUGA